UAAAACGGGUUUGGGUCAAUAACGGUUCAGGUCGGGUUCGGUUCAAGUCAAUAUUUUACGAGUUAUAUUUUACGAGUUAUAUUCGGGUUCAUGUUUGGGUUUGGAUCUCAAACACUCGGGUUAACUCGGAUCUAGGGUUGGUUUCAACUUUAUUUAUAAACCCAAUAACCGUACUCACAAAAAAAAUACCCAAUAACCAUACCCAACCGUACCCGGCAGGAAAUAAAGUUGAUUAAGUUGAUUUGAUGAUUCAAUGCAUGUCAUAGCUUCAGUCUGCAAAGCCUACCUUCAAUAACUCCUCUGUCGGUCAUUUUUCUUCAAAGCCUACCUGCAAAAUUUCAUUGUUUUGAGGCAAAUUUUUUACUUUUGGCCAAAAGAUUUGAUUUGAUACCAUACCAAAAUGCCUGCUGACAGCAAAUUUAUAAGCACUUUAAGUGGGAAAAGGAGGAGAGAACACGAAGACGAAGAGGUCACAUUAAUGCUACGCCCAGCACAAAGACGAAUACGAAAACCAAGACGAAGUGCUUCAACCGGUGACCUUUUAAAAUGGCUUGGGAUGAUGCUUGGGACGAAGCCUUUGUGAGUCUCCUCGAUAAAACAUGUACAAGUUGGGCUGAGGAUGGAAGUAGUAGCAAAUAUCUGUGGAGUGACAGAUUCUGGAAAAAUUUCGCCUUAAAGUUGUUAAGUUAGGUUAAACUUUAUUAUUGUUAAUGUGUAAAACCAAUAAUAAAGAAUCACAAGGGUAUUAAUCUUCAAACCACAACUCAUACAUUUAAUAUUCCUAAAUUGAAGGAGAAGGAAUUGAUUGAGAGUUGUGAAAGGGUGGAGGUGAUGAAGAGGGAAAUUCAGGAAAGGUGUGGAGCAUUGGAAGUGAAGGAGAGCGAAUUCGAGGUGCGUCGAGGAAAGCUAGAGUCGAGAGAGAAGGAUGUUGACGAGUGUUAUUGGGCAGUGACCAGGAAAGAGAAGGAAGUGAAUGAGGAUGCUCGAGCAUUGAAGCUGAAAGAAAAGGAAAUGAGUGGGAGUGCUCGAGCAUUGGAGACGAAGGAGAAGGAAAUUGAUGAGAGAUGUAAAGGAAUGGAGUUGAAAGAAAAGGAAAUGAAUGACAGGUUUCGACAACUGGAGCUGCAAGAAAAACUAGUUACUGAGAGUCGAAAAGGGUUGGAGUUGAUAGAGAAGGAAGUUGAUGAACGUUUCCGAGCAGUAGAAUUGAAAGAAAAGGAACUGAGUGAAGGUGUUCGAGUGCUGGAAAUGAAAUUGACGCAGACAGAUGAGAGCCAUAAAGGCCUGGAGUUGGAAGAGCAGGAGCUCGAUGAGCGGACUCGAGCUUUAGAAUUGAAGGAAAAGGAAAUGAGUGAAGGUAUACUAGCUCUGGAGUUGAGUAAGCAGCAAUUGAAGAAGCAUCGUGUAUGUCUGGAAUUAAAAGAGAAAGAAGUUCAUGAAUACUUGAAGGUAGUGAAAUCGGGAGAGAAGCAAAUGAAUGAUAGUGUUGAAGCUCUAGAACAGAAAGUAAAGCAAAUAGAGGAUUGUUGCAAGGGGAUUGAGCUGAAACAUCGCCAAGCAGCAGAAGUCAGAGAGAAGCAGUUGUAUGAAAAUCUUGAAGUUCUAGAAAUGAAAGCGAAGGAAAUAGAGGAAUGCUUUAGAGUGAUGAAGCUGGAGAAGAAGAAAAUGAAAGAGUAUUCACAAGGGGUGGAUGCAAAAGAGAAGCAGAUGCAUUGCCGUAGAAGUGCAUUGGAUUUAAGGGAGCAGUCAAUCAAUGAGCGUUGCCAAACUCAGGAUUCCAAAGAGAAGCAAAUUAAUGAGCAGUGUCAGGCUUUGGAGUUGAAUGCGAAAUUCAUUGAUGAGCGUUGCCAAAGUUUGGAGUUGCAAGAGAAGCACAUAGAUGAGCGCUACCAAAGUUUAGAGUUGAAAGAGAAGCAGAUCAAUGAGGUUUGCAGGGCAAUUGAGCUGAAAGAGAAGCAACUGAAUGAGGGCCUUCAAGCUCUGGAAUCGAGAGAGAAGCAACUGAAUGACGGCCUUCAAGCUCUUGAACUGAGAGAGAAGCACAUUGAUGAGUGUUACCAAAAAUUAAUAUACUGGUUUAUCACCCUUCUCUCUUUAUUAUCAUGUUAUCUUCUGUAGCAUGGAAGUACCUUCAAAUCUCCAAUUAAAUUAGUAGUUAAGACAAGUGUAUCUGACUAGUGAACUUAGCUGAAGGGGCUAAUGCAGGGGAAUUUCUAACUCUAGGAUCUAUGAUUCUUUGUCUUCCUUAUCAUUAGUGUGUUUCGUAUGUUAUGUAAAAAAAAAAAAAAAAGGUGUGUUUUUGUUUUGAUAUGAGCUGCUUUCCUUUUUUGUGCUUUGACCCUAGCUGGUUUAUUAAUUUUUUUCCUGCGUAUCUGGAAUAAAGUUAUCUCAUAUUGACUUUGUCUUGGGUUAUUUGACUGGAGAUCAAAUUCUUUUGUUCAUUAUACAGAUCUUGUCCAAUCUCUUGUUUUGAGAGAUAAACAGCUGGAAGCAUUGAGGUAUGUAUGUGCACAUAAUAUAGAAGAUGAUUUCCCAAUAGCUCCACUAUUGAGAACCCAUAUAGCGAACAUCAACACAAGAGUUAAGAAGAUACUCAACAGUGGCAGCAGAACAGCUCAGGAUGAUGCUUCUGAUACAGAAUUAACUGCCCUCAAAGAAGUUAACUGUAUUUCCUUCUUCAAGCUCAAUUCCCAUUAUUCCCCGGAUUCCCUUGAAUUGCGCAUUAAACAGUUGGAAGAGGAAAGGAUAAAAGUAAAGACCAAUGCACGUUCGUUUACAAUAAAGAAGUGUUCCAUAUGAUACAAGAACAGGUGGGUUAGUUUCUGGAAGCCACUUUGUUGGCAUGCCUACAUUGGUUUAUAACGCUAGGAGUCAAACUCAGAGAACAGCACGAGACAGUGAUUCCAUUGCAGUGCAGGCAAAUUUUUGUGGGAGAUAAGUUGAGCAGAUGAUUAUUUUGUUCGUAAAAACCUGAUCUUGCUAACCGUCAGCUAACUAGCUACAAAGUAUUUCGAAUGUCUAGUCGUGCCAGAUUAUUGACCUUUUGAAGAGACCAGAUGUGUACAAAUUUAGGUAACGUUACAACCUGAUGUGAAUGCUAAGUGUGUAUAUCAAGUUCAUACGUAGGCAGUACUUGAAAUUUCUGAAGUCUGAUGAGUUGGUAUCUGUAUAUAUUCCUCGUGAACAGAAGGCAACAUGUGGUGUAAAUCCUUCAUUAUUUUUUUUCUUGCUCGGUACGAACAUUAUUUUUGUAAUUAUUUUUAACAGGCCAGGUAUGAAGGAUUGUCAAAAGUUGAUUAACAUUCACUGGUAAGUGGUAAAAUUUGUUGCAAGUUCCCUCCAUUCCUAAAUAGUAAUUGUUUACACGCAGCUUCCGGGAGCUCCCUUCGUUCACCUGGUAAUGCAACUUUCCCCCUUCCCACAAUGAAAGA